AUGCCCCUCGUCGAUCCUACUGUCGGAGUGCCAGACGCUGAGCUCCGUCUGCGAUAUCGUUUUUGCAGACAGUCCUUGAAGAAUUUGCUGGAAAUACUUCAGCUUCGCGAUAAUGGUAAAAGGCAUCACGUAAUGAAGAGAUUACUUGUAGCUUUACGUUAUCUCGCGAAUGGCAGUUUCCAGUUAAUAAGCGGAGAUGCAUUGGAUUGUUCCCAAGAAUAUGUAUCUCGAAGUGUCACGGAGGUUGUCGACGCGAUCAUUGAAAACCGCGAACGUUUUAUUCGUUUCCCUUCGGAUGAGACAAUUGUUCGGGGAGAUGCUGACGUAGAUCCCCGUUUACCACGCUGCAUUGGUCUUAUCGACGGAACUCAUAUUCUACUGAAAGAUGUGGUGCCCAUAGAUCAAAGGGCUGAUUUCGUCGAUUCUAAAAAGAAUAUAUCACUCAAUGUUCAAGCGGUCUUGGGAGCGAAUAAUUUGUGGGUUUCGGUGAAUUCCUCCAACCCUGGCUCUGUCCACGACUCUCGCGUUUAUCAAUCUAGUCGGCUGUUCUUACGUAUGAGAUCUAUACCGGCCGGUUAUUGGUUAUGUGGGGACUCUGCGUAUGGUUUAUCUCCCUCGCUGCUCACCCCCUAUAAUGAUCCUAUUCCCGGAACUGCCGAGGCUUCCUUCAAUAUUGCACACAAGAGUGUUAGGUCGACCGUGGAACGAGGAUUCAGGAAACUGAAGCGGUCGUGGGCAAUUUGCAAUGGGAGCUUGAGGUUGACGCCGCCCGGCAAGGCCGCUAAAGCUGUUUUGGCGUGUUUCUGCUUGCAUAACUAUCAGAAGAUGAUGGGGGAGCCCGAGCCCGAUGUCGACGAUGAAGUAGUAGUUCCAGAGGACGAAGAAGGUGUUAACUUCGGCGCGGAGGCUUUGGCUGGCAUGGAAUGUCGACGCGCAUAUACUAUUGAGUUUUUUGCUUAA